AUGAAGCUGCUACUUGCUGCCAUGUUUGCAGGUUUGCAUGCCGAAAGGGUCCUGCUGGCGACCGAUAUGGCUGAAUCAGACCCAGAGCUUGAUAUUGAAGUCAAUGAAACUAUUCCGGUUAAACCCAGUGCUCCCUCGGGUGGUAUGGCCGCCCUGGAUCUGGAGCCUGAUACUGACGAAUGCUGGACAGGCUGGUUUGACAGAGAUGACCCCACUGGAUCAGGAGACUGGGAGACCCUCUCAGCUCUUCAAAGGGAGAAUCCAGGAAGUAUUUGCCCUAGGCCAUUGGAAAUUGAAGUCCAAACUAUCUAUGGGCGCAGCAUGCAUGAGACAGGGGAUGUAAUUGCUGUAGCUGACGCAAACAGAGGGUUCAUUUGCAGAAAUGCCCAUCAAAGACACAAAAGACGUUGUGAUGAUUACCGUGUUCGUUUCCGCUGCCCCAUAUCGUUCUGUUGUGAAGCGAGACCACUGUGCUGGACCCGCUGGUUUAACCGGGACAAACCCAGCGGAUCAGGGGACUGGGAACAUCUGGUAGCCCUGAGGAGGAAGUACAAAGGAGAGAUUUGCGAUUCCCCCCUCCGUAUAGAUGCUGUUACUGCUGAUGAUAUGACCCCAGCCAGCUCUACUGGGCAGACCUUUCACAAGUACGAUGUAACUUCAGGAUUCAUCUGUCGUAACAAGGACCAGUGGAGACGCAGAUGUCUGGAUUAUAAAGUUCGGUUCCAAUGCCCAUGCGAAAAUAUUAGGCUGCCUUAUUAA